AUGCUUUGGUAUCAAUAUUAUUUAUUUAAUAUUUUACAAAAACAUUGCACUAAUGAUGAAUCUGAACUUAUUGAUGGAUGUAUUGAAGACAAUUAUGAUGCACAACAAAUGCAUAUUAACUUUAUUUUGAGUAAUGUAUCAUAUUAUAAAAUUCAAAAAGCUUGGCAUGUUGUUAGAAUUGUGGCUUCAGGAUCUAAAAAGCUUAAUAAAAAGUUUAUUCAAGAUCACAUAUAUUAUAGUAAAAGCUAUAGAUUAUUACAAACUGUUCUUAUAUUGGUGAUGGAAGCAGAAACUGAAGAAGAAAAGUUAAUAAAUACUAUAGCUUUAAAUUUAAAUGAUACUGUAUUAAACCAAAAACAAGAAAAUAAUAUCUGUAGUACACCAGCUCAAGAACAAGAAAAUAGUAUUUGUAGUAUGCUAGUUAAAGAACAAGAAAAUAAUAUUCAGGUUAUUAAUUCAAAAAUCAUUUCAGUUAAAGGCCAACCAAGUAAAAAACAAAAGAAUGUAUUAGAACAAAAAGCAAAAAAACUAUUAAGUGCUAUCAAUGAAAACUUAAAUUAA